AUGGCCGCGAUGCCACCUCCGUCGGGCCGACGCCGUGCACCGCCUGCAGCCGGCGAGCCGCGCCCGCAGUGGCCGGAUCCACGCCGCCCCUCGCCCGUGGCCGCCGCCACGCUGUCCCUUGCCCGUGGCCGCCGCCAUGCGCGCCCUCGCCUGCGGUCGCCGGCUCGCUCUGCCUCGCCUGCGGCGAACCCCAGGUGGCUCCCCAUGGCGGGUGGGAGCGCGGGACCCGAGUGGAGACCCAUGGCUGGCGGCGCCCCAGGCGGCUCCGCAUGGCGAGCGGCGGUGUGGCGACCUGAGGGGAGGGAGCGGGUCGCACGAGGUGGGCGCGCGAGGGGAGGGAGCCGGUCGCCGGCGGGGUGGGCGCGCGAGGGGAGGGAGUGGGUCGCCGGCGGGGUGGGCGCGACAAGGGAGGUCGCCGGCGGAGUGGGCAUGCGAGGGAAGAGGAGAUGGUCGCCGGUGAGGGCGGACGGGAGAUUCGGGGUAGGGACUGUGUUGUUUUUCGAUGUUCCUGUUUUCAGGUGCGCGCUUGGGAAAGGGCCAAAUGUUCCAUCAGCUUCCCAGCAAUUGGAUCCUUGUUCAGAUGGUGUUCAAAAUUGUGGUGCAUCUGCAGGGACGAAAAAUAACAGAGACAGGGAAAGAAUUGAUUCAGCUAAGGGAAAUGGUGUUUACCCUCUUAAUGUUGAUGAGAGUAAAUUCGAAAAUGUUAAGAGGGACAUUGCGUGGUCCAAAAUCAAAGAGAUUACAGAAAAUGAUAGACUAUAUGAUGCUGAAGCGGCGGAGAAGUUAGUUCAAUUAUUGCAACUUGAUCGAACUGAACAGAAAAUAGGCCUUGCCGGUCGAGCAAGGGUUGCUGAUAUUAUCGCAGCUACAGAAAAUCCUGAUUUCCUAGGCAGGUUUAUACAACUAAGGGGCCUUCCGAUCUUGAAUGAGUGGCUUCAACAGAUUCACAAAGGGAAGUCUGCUGAAGGGGGUGGUCCUAAAGAAACCGAUAAGCCUAUUGAAGAACUUAUUCACGCCCUGCUUCGUGCACUAGUGAAAUUGCCUAUUAAUCUGAAUGCCCUACAAAGCUGCAGUAUUGGGAAAACUGUCAAUCAUCUGCGCAGCCAUAAAGACCAGGAGAUACAGAGGAAUGCUAGGUGUCUUGUUGAUAGCUGGAAGAAGCGUGUUGAUGCUGAAAUGAAGUCGAAUGAGUUCAAGCGUGUUGACACAGCCGCAACACCUGCCAAGAGGAAGUUCAGCCCCCCCAAGCAAUCAAACUACAAUUUAUCUUUUGCUCCAUACUGGGGACCGCAUCAUAUCAGGAAGUUGGCCAAAACACGAAGUCCUAUUAGCAAGGCUUAUGACAUUGGAAAACAUGACGAUGGACAAUCCAUCCUAUCUUUAAAGAGCAUCAAUAACUUUUUGUCUUCUUCAGCAACGGCUGAUCAAUUAACUGAACUUAAAGCCCUUCAGAGCGUACUGAUGGACGCAAAUGCAGAGCCAACUAAGCUAUCAUUUCCAUUCAUAAGAUACAUCACACAAAAAUUCCGUCAAGAGAUCGGUCGUGGUGGGUUCGGAGUGGUUUACCUGGGAGAUAUCGGAACUGGGAAGGUUGCUGUGAAGAAACUCUCAAUAAUGCAGAACUUUUCUGAGGCGACCUUUCUGGAUGAGAUUAAUUGUUUAAUAAAGGCAAAGCACACGAAUAUAGUGAGAUUUCUUGGUUAUUGUGCGGAUACAUAUGGGGAAUGUGUGCAAUACGAAGGAAGUCUUGUGCUAUCAGAGGUACCACAACGGUUGCUAUGCUUCGAGUAUGUUCCUAAUGGAAACCUUCAGAAGUAUCUUGAAGAUAAGUCUCAUAAAGAUGAAUGGAAAAUACGAUACCAAAUGAUUAGGGGAAUUUGCAAUGGUCUGAACUAUCUUCACGACCAACGUAUUACUCACUUGGAUUUAAAACCCGGCAAUAUUCUUUUGGAUGCUCGCAUGGAUCCCAAAAUUACAGACUUUGGGAUAUCAAGAUGCUUUGAUGAAGGAAUAACUAGAAUUUACACUAAAAAUGUUCGUGGAACACGGGGAAUUAUUGCACCAGAGACCAUAGUCCAUGGAGAAAUAACAUUUAAAUCAGACAUAUAUGGCUUGGGCAAUAUAAUCAUUCAUCUAUUAGCAGGGUGUAACAAUUAUGAUUUCGAUAAUUGGCAUACAUCUAUAGACGUGGACGACCCACAAGAAAAGUGUUGCAUUGAUAUAGCUAAAAAUUGUGUGGCUUUUAACCAACAUGAGAGACCUACAAUUGGUGAGAUCAUGCAAAAGCUGAAUGAGAUAGAGACGAUGUGAUUCAAAGGGCCAACAUCUUCAUUAUACCAGAUGUAAUAAUGUUCACUUAGGGAUAUAUUUGAUGUAUACACCUUUCUUUUGGUGUAUCUUAUAAAUAAAGUAGUAAAAUAUAUUUGCUUUGCAUCAAAAAUAUAAACGCACGUAAUAAAUGUGACAUAAAGGUCUAUGCUUUUCUGUGCAAACAUCUAUUCUUCCCCUAUUCC